AUGCGAGAUCUUGAAUUGCCCAGUGAAAUCAUUCCGGACAUUGUGGGCUUUACUGUUCCAACUGUGGAUUCUGACCAACUUCCACUAACAUCAGUUCUCACACAGACUGAUUCCAGCUGGCUGCUCAGUCAGAGCCACAGGAAAUUUGAUAAAGAGUAUGAGUCAAUCCUGGAAGACGAUGUCAGUGAUGUAACUUCAAAAGGGAGCCUUGAUGACAUCAUUGUUCAUUCUGAGUUUAUUGACGAUAAAAUAUCUGGAAGACUAUUUGAUUCUGACAUCUACUCAUUGCCCAGUGUUGGACCACCAACUAUCCUGGCUUAUAAACAAGAGUCCAAAGAGCAACCGAUUGAUUAUAAAGCGAUAAGACCAAAGAUGCAUGAAGAACAUACUAUGACUGAAGAACAGUUCAAGGGGAGCAAGAAGCCAUUGGUGAGCACAGGACCCGGUGACGGAAGCACAGGGCGCAAACUCUUCUGCUGUAAACAAUAUCGCGACUUGUUUGAGUUUCUCCUGAAAGAAGAAGAUGAGAUGCGUUUGAAAGUGGCUCGGCAAUUGAUUGAUAUCUCUCCUCACCUUCCCUUUGGCAGUGUACACGAGAGAGAACAAGCCAAGGAAAAAGCAGCAAUGAGGUUACGUGACAGAGAAAUGGAAAAAUACAUGAAAAAGGCAAAAGAAAGUCAGCUCAAAGUGUCUGCCGGGCCAAAGAAACUGACUACAAUUACUUUUCAGUUAUCCACGUCACUGGAUUUCGUAACCUUAAAAGAAGUGAAAGGUGAAGGUGAAACUUGGGAUAACAUUUUCACGGAGUCAAGGGAUGACUCAUUCAGUUGGCACAAGGAUCGUCAGUCAUCUUUCAUGGUGAAAUACUACAAGAACGGGAAUAAGUUUCUUACUGCUUUCCCAGACGGAAUGGCUCAAGUAUUUUAUCCCUCUGGAAAUCUGGCAGUUCAGAUUUUUACGGAAAAGCAUAAGAAAAUUAACUGUGUUGUGCUGGAGGACAAAGCCGAUGAGCCAGCAAUUCAGGCAGUGUUUUCCUCCUAUGGCAGGUGUACCUGCUACCAUCCGAAUGGAGUCAUCUGGAUAAAUAUAAACGCAUUGGGUGGCCACUAUUUGGAUAAUCAAGGCACGCGAGUGAGGCGUUGGUACUGGAGAGACCGUUUGUCUCUUGGCUUCAUACCUUUUAAACCAAUUUUCAUAUCAUUAAAUGAAAACAUUGGCGUUAGGAUUAUAGAGCAAGAACGGAUUUUCAUUACUUUUCUGGCAAUGGGGAAGCAAGCAAGGUUCAAAGUGGGAACAAAACUGAAGUUCAGAAAAACAUCAAAUCUAUCCCUUAUAAGCAAUCUGAUAACAGAGGAUGAGCUUCUCCUUCAGGCCAGCCAGCUGAAGGUUCGAACAGCGAUCAACAAACUGUGCAUUGCUUUGAACUUUCCAAAUAACGACCCGGAAAAAAUUCCACUUCCACUUUAUCUUACUUCUCAACAACAGAGGCUCUCCCAACUCCAGGAAACUAUUAGGAUGGAAGAAAUUGCUAAGAUGUAA